CCUUCGUGACGCAAUAGUUGGUUCCGUCGUCGAAACAGAUUGACAGUUUGUUUAUCAACAGAGGUGAAAUUUGCAUCUAAUUCUCGUUGAUAAUGGGGGUUACAAAGAAUAAAAGAAACCUGUUUUACUUUGGAAUCAUCGAGGACGAGCUUGAACAUCUGGAAGAUAAUCUGGAAAGUGAAGAUGAAGAGGUUGCAGAAAGGCAGAGGAAGCUUAGAAAAGGGAGAAGAGCUGGAUACCAUGGCUCAUCAAGCAGUAUAAACGCUAUGGGCAGGAAAAGAAUGGGAGCCAACAAAGCCCGACGUGUUGAAAACUUGAGACAUCUGUUGGCUUUGGCUGAAAAAGAGGACUCGAUUGACCUUGAUUUUGAUAUUUUUGAGCCAAGCAUGUCAGCAUUUGCAGAAUUGUUCAAUGAAAAAGAAAAAAUGCAGGUAUGGAAUGAAUUUGUGAACAGCUCAGAGGAAGAGCAGGAAAGAAUCAUCAGUGGAAGAUCUCUUCCAGACACCAUCCUGGAAGAAGAAGAGGAAGGAGAAGAAGAAGGCUUCCAGAUGGUCAAUAGAAUGGAGGGUGAUAAAACAGACAAAAGAAAAUAUCAUCCAUCUUAUUCUGCUGAGGAAUGCUUUCAAAGGAUUGACAAGAAAAUCAGAGUCCAUUUGAAGAAGAAACAUGUACCACUAGAAUUGCUGUCCAAACUUGAGGAGAAUGUGAUCGAGUUCUUCCAAGCCUGGCCUGACUCUGUGUAUGUCCAGUGCUUGAAUGGUGGAUUUGAGAGAAUGAUGAUGCAUGGAGUGUGUCAGUACCUUGAUCUUCAGUCAAAAAGUAUAGAAAACAAUGGGCAAAGGCAAACACAGGUAGAAAACUUUCAUCCUGUAUUCAUCCCACCCACAAUCUUACUGUCAUCUUACCUCCAGAGAUCAUUGUCAUGACAACCAGUCAACAGAAAAAAUUCCCUGUUCAUUGUGUUUUAGGUUAUUUGGUAUUCUUCUUGUGUUUUGUAUUGUUCUUUUGAAAGUACCGGUAUAUGGACAUUAUUUGAGCUUGAAAUUUUUGAAAUUUUAUUUUUCAAUUUUUAAUAUCUAGAAUAUUAACUGGGCAUUUCCAAUGCUUUACUAAUUUGUCAAAAAUUUAGGUGACAUGUGAAAUACAGAGUUUAGAAUUUGUUGUUAAUGUAUGUAAAUUGUUUACUUUAUCUUUGACAAAAUGACUUGUGACAACCAAGCUGAAUUGUUUCCCCUUGUUUAAGGAUAACUUUGAAAAUGGAAAAAACAAGAUUUAAAUAAUGAUUUCAUUAAUAUAACACAAGAACAAAACAAGGUUCAAACUUUUUUAUUUUGAACUUUGCAUUUUGGUUUGGACUCAACUAAGUCAAUUUUUUUCUGAAGCAUUAUAAAAUGUCAAAAUUAAUUCUAAAGGAAUAAGGCAUUCAAAUUGGAAGAUUAAAUUUGAAAAUUUGAGCUUUAAUUGAGUCUAUGUCCCAUUGAAAAACAUGUUAAAUUUGAAUUUUUAACAAUUUCAAUAUUUGCUUUAUUUAUGAGGAUAUUUUGAAUAUGCAUGUAUAUAUUUUUGGAGACCUUAAUGAAUGAAUUUAGGAUAUCUAAUUCCUGAUAUUAAAGUGUAAGUAGGUGUUUUGGUGCAAAUUGAUUAGUGCCUAUCUAUGCAACGUUAAUCUGCAAACUUUUUUUUAUAUUCUUUGCAUAAAAAAGAUAAUUAUUUAGCCACAUAAAAUUAUUGCGGUUUCAUUGCAUUUUAGCAAGAAUAUUAAAACUUGUAUGUCUUCUUGAAAUCUUCGUUUGAUAAAAUACAAUUAACAAAAUGCACAGUCAAUAAAUGAAUAGUUUAAUUAACAGGAUACAGUUAACAUUAAUUUUUUGUUAAAAAAUUAACAGAUCUUCAACUGGAUAAGAGCAACUAAGAAUGCAUGUAUUUUGCCAUGAAUAAAUUGAAAAUUUGCAAUACGUAAAAUUAUUAAAUUUUAAAUUUAA